AUGACAGUGGAAGUUAGAGAGACUUCACCAGCACACUAUUUGUUGAAAAUUGAGUCUUUCUCCCUACUCUCAGAGAGUGACAUUAAGAAGUUUGAAUCAAAUGAAUUCGAGGCUGGUGGUUAUAAAUGGAAAAUGAUCAUUUAUCCUGAUGGGAACGCACGUGAAAAUGGAAGUGAACAUAUUUCAGUUUACUUGGCCAUUUCGGGAACAAGUUCCCUGCUUGCUGGUUGGGAGGUCAAUGCUAUAUUUACCUUCUUUCUGUUCAAUCAACUCCGUGACAAUUAUCUUUCAGUGCGAGCAUUGAUGACAGUCCGAUCAGCAGAGAAAAUGCGGCGCUUUCAACCUAUCAAGUCUUUAUGGGGACAUCCCAAAUUUCUUUCUCACGAAACGUUCAAAGAGGCUUCUAACGGAUACCUUGUUGAUGACAAGUGUGUCAUUGGAGCAGAGAUAUUCGUCGUCCAAAGGCAGUCAGUAGGUGAAUGUUUGUCCAUGGUAAAAUAUAAUGACUCAUUUAAGUGUGAAUGGAAGAUCUGUAAUUUCUCCAAUCUUGGCAAAGAUUGGUUUUCUGAAGAAUUUACUGUGGGAGGUUACAAAUGGAAGCUGUGGCUAAAUCCAAAAGACUGUAUGUGGUUGUCAACUAGCUCGCCUUCUUGGGGUUAUCAAGGUUUUUUGCCUUUAACUCAGUUGCAUGGUAAGAAAAACGGCUAUCUUGUCAAUGAUUGUAUUGUGGUGGAGGUUGACCUGGAAGUUGUGUUUAAGCAUAGCGUAAAGAGCUUAUCUUAG